AGAUAAAGUGCAUCGACCCUCACUUCCCGAAAUCUCCGGACUCGGGGUUGAGGCGAGUCUGUUAGUUGUGUGGGUCAUAAUCAAUAACUGACGUCUGGCUCUCACUGGAACAUCAUGUCAAAGAACAAGUUCAACCUGAAGCUGCCACCGGGUUCCAUCGAGCAGACCAACGACCAUGACAACCAUACCGGCACAGAAACUCCGCAGAGAAAAGCCAGCACUGGAGCGACUGGCAGUUUUGGUGCCAUGUCACUUGAAUCACUACUCAAGUGUAUUCAGGAGCUGGACAUGGAUGACACCCAACGCAAACGCAUGGAGAUAUUCCUCGUCCAGAAGCAAAAGAUUGGAGAAUUAAAUGCUGAUGACUUUGAAAAACUUGGUGAACUAGGAGCUGGAAAUGGAGGAGUGGUGAAUAAGGAGAGACACAAGCCAUCUGGUCUCAUUAUGGCACGGAAGUUGAUACAUUUAGAAGUGAAGCCAGCUGUGAGAAACCAAAUAAUACGUGAAUUGAAGGUACUUCACGAGUGCAACUCUCCAUUCAUUGUUGGAUUCUAUGGAGCAUUUUACAGUGAGGGUGAAAUUUCUAUAUGUAUGGAGUACAUGGACGGUGGAUCCCUUGAUUUAUGUCUAAAGAAAGCCAUCCGCAUUCCUGAACCAAUCUUAGCAAAAAUAUGUUCUACGGUAUUGAAAGGUUUGGCAUAUCUUCGUGAAAAGCACCAGAUUAUUCACCGGGAUGUAAAGCCUUCCAAUAUUCUGGUUAAUUCCCGUGGAGAGAUCAAGAUCUGUGACUUCGGAGUGUCGGGCCAGCUUAUUGACAGUAUGGCUAACACAUUUGUAGGCACGAGAAGUUACAUGUCAGGUGAAGUUCCCGUUGAGAGAUUGACAACGUCAUUAUACUAUUAUAUUGAGCCAGAACGAUUGAAUGGUGACCACUAUUCUGUUGCUAGUGAUAUCUGGAGUCUUGGAUUAUCUCUGGUAGAGAUGGCUAUUGGUAUGUAUCCUAUCCCACCACCUGACCCAAAUACGCUCAAGAAAAUAUUUGGGUCCAAAAUUGAGGGUGUAAGCCCAUCCCCGACAUCACGUUCACCCAGAUCAGCUGGCCUUCCUGGGGAACCACGGCCCAUGGCCAUCUUCGAGCUGUUGGACUACAUUGUAAAUGAGCCGCCACCUCGGCUACCUCCGGGAGUGUUCACUCCUGAGUUUGUAGAUUUGGUAGACCGAUGUCUUAAGAAAAGUCCUAGUGAGAGAGCUGAUCUUACAACACUACAGAACCAUGAGUGGAUAAAGCGAGCAGAGCAAGAGGAUGUGGAUAUUGCCGGAUGGGUGUGCAAGACGAUGGACAUCACACCUUCCACUCCCACAAAACCCUCUGCUGAUGCAAAUUGUUGAACAUUUUGAGCCAAGAUUAAUGCCAUGGGAAGAGGUGUGCGUAUUCCGCUGGCUGGAGGAGCACCAGAACCACCUUGAACCUUGUACUAGAUGUGAUGUAUAAAUUGCAAUUGUUCCAAGUGGAUUACAGUGUUGUUUAUUGUGCGUUCAAACAUUUGUCUAAUUAGUUCCAGCGGUGACUUGCUAUUCCCGAGGCCAAUUUUAGUGGCGAUCGAUUAGUUGACACAAUAUCAACACAGGAGUAACAGUUUCAAAACUGUGGUAGGUGUGUGAACCAAAGAGGGUGUGGAAAAGAAAAGUUGACUUUAUCAGAACACAAACCCAAUGGUCAGAAAUUGGAAUUGUUUGUUUUUGUAUAAAUAAGCAUUACUUUAUGCAGUAAAAGGUCUAUGAAAAAGUUUGUUUUUGUCAAGAUGCAGUACUGAGAUUAAAAAGAAUGUGUCAAAUGGCAUCCCAGGAGCUGAAUUGUGUGUUCAGUCAAGUGUCACAGCAUAACCUAAGACAUGAAUUCUGCACUUGUUUACCCCUUACCUGUUCUUUGUUUUUGUUUUCUUUUACUGAAUUACAAAUUGGCAUAUAUACACUUAAAUACUUCACUGUAAAUCAUUUUAAAUCUUACGUAUCUUGGUGUCAAUUUUUGUCAACACUAUUGUGCUAGUGUUAACUAUUUUAAGCAUGUAUGCUUAUGUUCAUUUUAAAAGAGAUAGAGUACACUGAUACAGGAUAGGGGCUGUGUAGCUAUUGUGGGGGGGGGGGGGUUUCACACCCCUGACUUGUUUGCCACUUUAUUAGAAAUUGAUUUCUGCCACCAAAUCUGUGUCUUGUUUUUGUAUUUAAGACAAAACUAUUUAUCUGAAGAACAAAAAAUUGAGGGUUAAUUUGUAGGGGGUUUAGAACCCUCGUAGCAUUUUAUUUUUCAAUUUUAUUUUUGAGAAGAGCUGCACUAGCAUGAGUGGAGUUCACUCAGCUUCACUCUUCCUUUUUUAAAUGUACUCCUCUGUUCCUGUAAAGUAUUUUAAAUUAAACAAAAUUGGUUUAUUUAUACAAAUUGUUUUAUGAACUAGUCAAGUGAGUAUUUUUACAUACAUUAAAAAGUUAAUGUUAAUUUUUUUUUUUUUUAAAUUGCAAGCUUAUUGCUUUUAGUUGUUUUAUCUCAUAAUAAUAAUUAACAGAUUUCAGGAUGUAGUACAGAAUUAAGGAUGUACGAUGUAGUGCUGUACAAUAGUUCCUUUGACUAUCACACACUCCACUGACUGCAGGUAGAAUACACUAAUAUUGCAUAAAGACCUCAGAAGUCUGUAGCAGAUAAAAUUAUUCCGCAUUUUACAGUUAAAAAACUAUUUGAACGGCGGUAUGUCCACUCACAAGAUGAGUGGCGCUGCCCAAUAAACUCGCCCCUCGGGGCAAAAAUUUAAAAAAUUUAACUAUUACUGAUUUUCAUUAAAUGACAAGAUGGACAAGUAAAAGUAACUGCACAUUUUCUGUAGUCGAACAAUGUCUUAGGAAUUCCAGUUAAUACGGUAUGUCUACAGUCUAGAUAAAGGCCGGCGGAUGUUUAAUUUGAUUAAAAUCGUCAAUAAACUUUAGGAUGUACAUCAUGGAAUAAUUAUGGUACAUCUUGAGUUUGUUUCGUUAUUAACUGUACAUGUGAUUUAUGCUUGUAGGAUGUUCUUUGAUAUAUUUUUGAUCCAAGUGGUGAAAUAUGGUCGUAUAUAAGAGACGUCUUGCCUGUGAGAGCUGUCUGCCGUCUUCUCCUUUGAGGGACUGUUGGCUGGGCUGUAACUUCUAUAUAAUAAUUUUAUGAAGCCAAAAAGAGGCUUUGGUCUUUUACCUAGUACUAUAUUUUUGAAUUGUGAAAUGUACAUUUAUUUCAUUGCUAUGUUUUUUUUUAUUCAAUGUAUAAGGGAUAAACUUAUGGUUGUAAAAUAAGCUUUUCUGUGGGUAACAGCUUUACUACGUAAUACUUCAUGUAGUGUGUGCUAAAAUCCAACUAAAAUUUUUGGAUAAAAAUAAUUCAUACUUUUUGGUGUCAUGUUUAUUAUAUGAUACAUCAUUUUUGGGCUUGAAGUUUUGUCAGUGAUGUUGAUUCUUAAAUAUUACCAUUAUGUAAAUUUAAAUGUGGAGUUCAAACUGCACCACACUCUGCACAGCCAAUGGUUACUGGAGGUAGUGCAAUCUUGUUGUGCCAAUAUGUUGAUGUUGACAGUGGCUUUAUUGUAUCAGCUGAUGCCAUCAUCGUAUAACUAAUGCCUCACAGUGAUGUGUAUCAUAGUUUGUCAGUUAUCCACUAGUUUAAGAUUCAAGGACAUGGGUAAUGUUAGAGUACUGAUGGGUUGGAGGUGUGCAUAUUGUAGGAGAAUUUGGUAAUGAUUUCCAUGGCAAGUACUCCAGGGAUUUAAACUGUAAUAGUGAACAUGCAGGUUCAUCUUAAUGAGAAUUGAUAAGUCAUGUUGUGAAUUUUGUAUAGAUGCUCUCUUAUGUCUAAGUAUUUAGGCAUUUUUUUACUUGUAUAUCUGGAUUGAGUAAAUUCCUUUUAAAGCUUUCCAUUUCUUGGUGUAUUGCAAAAUGAGAGUCAGAAAAGCAUUAAAAGGAACACACAAAUGCACUGACUAUAUAAAAGUGAUAUUUGUAUUCUUAUAUAGAUAAAACAUAGACAUAUUGAUGGAGAGAUGGGAGCACAUAGUAAUUAAUGGAUUCAACACCCAACUGCCAGUACUCAACAUUAGCACUUUGUUCUAAUGCUGGUCUUGACCUCCACACUUGAUACUUUUAAAUCUCGUCAUUUUGCAGUUGUCCAUGCAUCGUGUCCUAACUCCAAUAUGUCUAAAUUUUAGACAUCAGCUGCAUACUAAGGGAGGCUAAAGCAGAUAAUGUACAUUGCAAACCACAACAUGUCCUUCUAUCCUACAUUUUGGUCUUUAUUCAUAUUUACCUUUCAUAAAGCAUUCUGGUGUUCAUUUAGGUAAAUCGUAGUAUAAUAUGCUUACAGUACAUCUUUUCUUUCAUUGCUAAAACAUGCAGAUGAUAACACUGUAUUCACACCACAGGUUUCAUUACUGCAAAUACCAAAAGUUGUAAAUCAGUCUACUUGAUCUCAUUGAUGGUACUGGACUGCACUUUGCUUUACUUAGUGAAAUAGUAAAGAUUUCUCGUUUAUUCCUGACUGUUUUAAAAAGUGCAUUAAAGCAUAACCUCGCUGUUCGCUUCGUUAGUAGUGUAUGUUUUUCAGGGAGAGCUUUGGUCUGGCUGGCAAGUUGUUGCAGGGUUUGCAAGUUAGCCUUGUGAAUACAGUAGCAGUUGGUUGGAUUGUACAUGAUAACUAUGUGCAUAUUGAUGGCACAGUUACCUCUGCAUUGUAAAGGUUUUUCAAUUUAUCACCUGACAGUGAUUUUGGAAAACUGAUGUGUAAUUUGCUAAAAGUAAUAAACAACAUUGUAAAUUAGGGUACAUAUUUCUAGCUAUAAAUAAAAUUUGGGUAAGAGUUUCACAAGGUAAUGCUAUUAUUUGUAUCUUUUUAAGAUGUCUUGCUGUUUUAUUUAGUUAAAAAUUGCAUAUUAUAAAACAGAACUUUUUGAGCUAGCUUUAAUAUUAUAUAGGACAGCAGUAUGCAUUUUGAGUGAGAACUGAAUGCCUUAUAAUAGCACACACUGGCCAACUUUAUCGCUGAAGUGCAUACACGUAUGUGGUGACCAGCUCCAGUAACCUUACUGUUCUGGUUAUCCAGCAUAUUCACUUUCCCAAAGCAUUACCUUAAAUAUUAUCAUAGUUCAUGCUUAUUUAGUAGUGUGUGUCUAUAAAGAUGAGAUUUUCUGGAUUGCCAAUUAUCUUUUGCCUUGUGUAUAUCUGCUGCAGAUCUAGUAAAUUAGAGACUGGCACUUGAUCGGGUCUCUGAUAUUAUUUGUUAAUAGAAUCGUCCCCUCUGUGUUGUGAAUGGGCACAAUAUUCUUGAGAACAAUGGCAUGCUGUGAUACAUACAUUUUCUUCCGAAGGUGAUGUUAGGUGGGAUUCCAGUGUUUUGAUAAAAAGGGUCUGGUAACCACUUUCCGAAAAUGGGAUGCUGUUGAUAAGGUGAGAAGAAAUGUCUCGGUUUCUUAAACACUUUCUUGAAAGUUACUGUAUAUGACAAAGGAAUGGUAUUAUAAAACAAAAGAUAAUCUUCAGUUUAUUUAAAUAGACAUUUUAGUCAAUACUCCAUCAGUGCUAAAAUAAAGCAAACACACCACAAGAUUGGUUAAAACAAAUAUAUAGCUCACAAAUGAUAUAAAUCAAUAACCAUUAAAAUGACUAAAAAAUAAAGCCUAAACUAAUUUAUGCACAAAGUAAAAAGCAAAAAUAUACAAGUUAGAAAAAUAUAAAACAUGAAAAAGACUACAACAUGCUUCAAGAUGAAAAUCAAGGUGUAAACAGUCAUGUUGCGGACCUGGAACUGUUCAGCUCUGGCCUCAUUCUAGCUAUUGAUAUGGAGUCAGUACGUUGCGCUCUACAUGUGAUGAAUUGGAAAAUGAAAUUUCUGCAAGUGAAAGGGUGGCCUAUUUUUGUUCAGUGAUCUAAUAAAAGAUGCAAUUUUAAUAAUCAUACAAGUCAAGUUAUGGCACCAUUUUUUUUCUUUGCAUCCCAUCAUUAUACUAGAAGAAAAAUCAUUCAUAUAUAAAUAAUUAUGUUCAUUAUAUAAUUAUAUAUAUACAUGUAUAUAUAUGCAAUGCAUUUGUGAGUCUCUGGUUAUAUUUUACAACACUGGAUUGUCCCCUUAAGACGCAUACAUAUACUCCUGGAAGCGCGCACAUCACGUUAAGCCGUUAGCAUUAUGGCCGAGUUAUAAAUAUUGGAGCUUGGUUUUAUUUAAAUAAUGAGUACAUUACUCUUUUAAUCUAUAUAAUUUCAAAUUGUUUUGUCAAUUUAAAACAAAUAUUACAGAAAAAGAAUUAUAACAAUUUCAGUGAUCCAGCUUGUUUGAUUUGGUUAGAAAAUGCUGCAUUAAUUUUCAGUGUCAUUACAGUACUGUGUUGAGAAUAGUUAUCCUUUCCCUGUUCUUGUCCUUUCCCAUUCCAACUGUCUAUUUUUUUUAAAGGAAAUAUAUUUUUUUGUGGGAUUGUAACAAAAUCCUGAAAAAGAGGAAUAUGAAAAUUCUCGAAAUUCAAAUAGUACAUAAUUUGCUUGAAAAAAAAUGAUUAGGAACUUUCAUUAGCUAACUUUUGUAUACCACAUAAUAAAGAACAUGGUCUUAUUUCCAUUCUUUCAUUUUUUUUUUUUUUUUAAUUUUCAUAAAAAUCUUUGUCAUCAAAACGUUUCUAGUACAGUACAGUAUAUUUAACUUUCUUGUUCCCAGAUGUGGUGAUGCACACUGUCCUGGCAACCAACAUGGCCAGCUAGGAGGGUGAAGCACGAACCAUAAACAAUUGCCCCCUCUAAUUUUUAAGGAAGUGAGCCAGAUGCAUAAUAACUUCUGGCUCAAAAACUCGCCAGAUGAACAAGAAUUUGCUGCAGGAAAAAUCGAAACUAUCACGAUUUUUCACGCAAAUCAAAGCAUUAAUGAAUGAUUGCCGUCUUAUUCUUUGUAAACGCAUAAUAUUAAAAUGCUUGCAUUCUAGUUAAGGAACUAUUAAUGAUUUGGUAUAGUUAAAAUUGAAAAAUUUAAGUGUAACAAUUCACUUCAGAUACACGUGUGUUCUCUUGCAGGGACAUUGAUUUCUGCUUGACUUCAGGGGUAGAAGUAGUGUUGCAUGCAUUAUUUAUUUUAAGAAAGUGUUAAUUUCUUGUAAUGGUAAUUGAGCAGAGAUCUCAUCAUUGUUGAUGCAUGUAAUAGGCAUUUGCUAAUUUUCACUAUUUAUUUAUUUAUGUAUUUAUUUAUAUACUGUAUUGUUUUACUGAAUAUGAGAGUGUAGAGCGGUAGUAUUUCCAGAUAAGUUUUCUCUGCUACUUUCAGAGUAGGUGCCCCCUCUUUCCCCUCUCCCCACAACACCAGAUGCUGUCUUCAAGGCUUGAACACGGUGAUGUCAUUGGUGUAGUUGUGUGUACACUGCUCCCACCAUUGGUGUAGUUGUGUGUACACUGCUCCCACCAUUGGUGUAGUUGUGUAUACACCGCUCCCAUCAUUGAUGUAGUUGUGUGUACACCGCUCUCACCAUUGGUGUAGUUGUGUGUACACUACUCCCACCAUUGAUGUAGUUGUGUGUACACCGCUCCCACCAUUGGUGUAGUUGUAUGUACACUACUCCCACCAUUGGUGUAGUUGUGUGUACACCGCUCUCACCAUUGGUGUAGUUGUGUGUACACUACUCCCACCAUUGAUGUAGUUGUGUGUACACCACUCCCACCAUUGGUGUAGUUGUAUGUACACUACUCCCACCAUUGGUGUAGUGUGUACACCGCUCCCACCAUUGGUCUAGAGGUGUAAACACUGCCUCCCACCAUUGGUCUAGAGGUGUAUACACUGCCUCCCACCAUUGGUGUAGGUGUAAACACUGCCUCCCACCAUUAGUGUAGAGGUUUAUACACUGCCUCCUACCAUUGGUGUAGGUGUAUACCACCUCCCACCAGAAGCAUAACUACACUUGGCAAUAUUCUGUGCUGAGGGGGCCCCGAGUCCUUAAUAUGUGAUAAGGUUGUGUGCGCCACAAAUUGUCAACCUUGAGCUGUGUAAGGUAUUGCCUUAGAUGACUAGCUCUAGAUAAAGUUUGCUGACAGGGAACAGGCUUUACAACUGAACUUAUCCAGAAACUUUCUAAUAUUAAGCUUCAGCAAAUUAUAUUGUAAUAACAUUAGAACUACUGUGCAUGUUACAAUAUAUUAGAUUUUUAGUGUUGCCAAAGCAGGAAGUGCAUGACGAGGAACAUUAAAGCAUCGCUGUGUUCUACCAGUUUCGAUUUUCUUCCAGGCACAUUCCCAGCUUGUUUCCUACAUGAUUCUAGCACUCGCUGUUUUGUUCUUGGUGUUGACUAAUGAUAUUAAUGUCUUGCAGUACAGUAUGUCAGUUAAGUUUCUAUAUUUUCAUGCCUUCUAGGACUUGAAUGUGUUUAUAGUAAUAAUACUUCCAACACAAGGCUGCCUUGUAGUGUGUUUAAAUAAACUAGACAAUUAUCCCUUCCAGUAUUUUUUUUUUUUUUUUUUAAACUUUUUGGGUGCUGAUGUUCUACAUCUUACUCUGUUGUCAGAUGAUUUGAAUAUAGGAAUUAUUUGCAAAGGUCAUCUUGCGUAUAAGGUUAUUUCUAAAAAGAAUAGAUCUUUUGUGAAGUCGGUGUGGUCAUCAUAAAUUCCUUUGGUGCAGUAGGCUUGUAAAGAAAUGCUUGGAUUAUUGGCUGUAUCUGCUUCAAUGCUGACUUUACAGGUUGUAUGGCUGUAACGUUGUGAGUCUGUGAGAAGGAAGUUGUAAGUUGCAAGAUUCAUUUGUUAUGAUAAACUUUGUGGGGGUUUUGUUUUUUUAUAUCAUAUCAAAUAAAUAAUUGCCACAAUGUUUCUUACUGUACAUUCUCAGAUUUCUUUAAAGUUUGAUAUCGGUGAACUAAAAUUAGUUGAUGUACUACUGUUUGAAGGAUUAGUAUUAUCUGGCUUUCAUACUAACAAUGUUUUAUUCAAACAGUCUUACAGUGGAUAAGUUAUAAUUCCUUCCUGCUAAGAAGCACUAUACAACUCCCAGUGGCACAGGGUUCUGUAUAUAGUCUUCAGUGUUAUGCGCUUGUAUAUUAUUUUUGCUAAUAAAGAAAGUCAAGAUGAAAGGUUCUGUACAUGCUGUUUUAAAAGGGACCAAACAGCAUACACUCAUCCCUUUGGCAGAGAAAGGCAUUACUCAAGGAAUCCAACUUUUAAAUGCAAGACAAUAGUACUACAGUAUAACAUUGGCAUUACUAAUUAUUAAUGUGAUGCACCCUGUGGCAUUACUAAGUAAUGGUGUGCUGUGUCUCACAGGAUCACAAAAGUAACAAUAUGUUGUGAAGUGUGUCUCAACCACUGAAUUACACUUGCAUCACAGUGCUAGGCUUGGGCCUGAACUCUUAUCUUCCUCAUUUGUUUAAACUUGUUUGCGGUAGCAAAAGUUUAGCUUAGAUAUGCAUUUCAAAUGUUUUGGAAAAAAAAAAAACAGCAGCAGCAAGGUGGUUUUUCUUAAUCUCUACAAACCAUUUGCACGGGUAGUAGGUUCUGGGAUUUGUAAAUUUACUGCACCUGUACACAAAACAGUCGGUGAAUGUGAUUGCUGUAUUUAAUGAAAUUCUAUAUACAGUACUUUGUUACUUGAUCAGGUCACAGCAUAAUGAAACUAGAGAUGUGCAGAGCAUUGAGACCAGUUGUAAGAGGCACUCUGCAAGGACAAAAUGGAGGAAAACAUUCCUUUUACGUUUAUUUCUGCCUCCAGCUGAAUGCAUUAGUCUUGCAUGUAUCAUAUUUUUGUCCUGUCAUACAUUGUCUGCCGUGAUUAUUUAACUGCUGAUUUUUGUGGUCGUUGACAGCGAGACAUAUUUCCUUUAUAUUUCAUACUAUUACACUAUUUUGCUCGAGUUCCCAUUGUCCAUGCAACGUUUUAAGAAGUUGAGCGAUGUGAUGCUUACGAGUGAUGAUUUUUACAGUGAUGAUUACCUAAAUUUGAUGUGCAGGUGGAAUCUUGUUGUAUGGUUGCAUGUUUUGCUUUGGGUUCAUGGAAUUAGGAAGAGCUGCAUAACUAUUAAUUAUGCAAUUCAUAGUCAUUAAUGUUUACAUAUUUUGGAUAUUGUACUUUAUUAUAUAUCUGACCAAAGUUAGAAACACAGCAAGUCUUUAUGUUGGUAGGCAGGAAUAUUUGUAAACUUUUUUCUGUGAAUUUUUUUGUAAGUUACAAUCUUGGGCACUUGAACACCAUGCACUUUCACACUUCAACCGAUUACUUGAUUCUGCACCUGUAUACUGUGCUCUCUGCAUACUGUGUACUCUCAUGAACUGCUACUCCAUAUAUUUGUACACUGCAGGAUCACGUCUCUCAAUCCAGAUAAAGUAUAAAGCAUGUUAAUAAUAUUUCAAACUCUGUGAUUACAGUAUGGGAAGGUGUUUUGUGUGUUUACUUGCCAGUACUAGCAUCACUAUUUAACUGUAGCUAUUCUAAACCAGGCUGACUGGAAAGCAUGACAGGUAACUAUUUACCGACAUUGCAGCAGCUAUGUGCUUGUCGCAAGUGAUAACUGCAUUUAAUCUAGUUUGUGGGUGUACAUGCAAAGGUUCACUAUUUAGGAUCAGGUAUAAUUUAUGCAAUGCUAUUUUCAUUAAAUAUAUUUGAUGUUGAAUUAUGUGCAAGUUUACAAACUGAUAGUUAUAAUGAAUUGGAAGGCUGUGUGGAGUUUUAUUCCUUGUGCAGUUAUUACUGUAAAACUUAAUUAUCGGUGGUUUCUUGCUGGUGUAAGAUAUUCCGAGGCAAAAUGUGAUUUUAUACUUGGUAGGUACAUUGGGAAUAUUGUACAUUGACAUAAUGAAGAAAACAAUAGAUUUUAUUGAGUGAAGGGCCCAUGUACAGCAUUCUCACACGAUCUGUUCUUGUCAACAUGAGUGGUUUGCAUAUUUGGACAAUACUGUAUAGACUAAUUGACUAGCUUAAAAAGAAAAUUUGUAUAAAAGCUGAUUAUCUUCGUAAGAUUGUUAAUUUUGUCCAAAUACCUGUGGUAAACUAUACAGUACUGUAAUAAAAAUUGAUGUGAUUGAAAACAUUAAUUAAGCUGAUGUAUGUACAGUACUGUACUUGAAAAUGUUAGAAUUGUGAUGCAGUAAUUGUGUUUUGGCGAUAUUUCUGGAUGUAGUUUUGAAGUUAAUUGGGCUCUCGGGACUGUCUUGCACCUAAACAUUAAGGUAUGUAUAGAAUUUAAUUGUAUGUGACUACAGUUGAGUUGAUAAAAGGUAGGAUUUUGAAGUGACAAGUGAGAGGAUGCCUUACUGUUCAGUGUUGUGUUUUGACUCUGUGGAAUGGUAUAUGUCUUUUUUUUUUUUCAAUUUUAAAAAUUUGGACAUAGAGAAAAAUAAGUAGCUGAAUAAUAUUAGGAGUUACAUUCAUUUCAGUUUUAAGAAACAAAUUUACUACAUCAUAUGGUUAAUAAAAUGUCUAUAGGAAUAUACUUCUAAAAUAUUGUUUAGUGUACCAAAGAAAGGAUGGUGUAUUUAUUUACCGUUAGCUUAGGGACACACCUUUUAAGGUAUGGGGACAAGUCCUCUAACUCGGCUCACCAGGAUAUAAGGUUCUGCCAUACUGUAUUUGUUGUCUGUAAUACCAGUAUUAAGUUGGGCAAAGCCUUUUUCAACUGUAGGACCACAAUGUGGAAUCACGAAGUGAUGACUGGAGAAUUACUGAUGUUGAAGUAUGUCUCUGGAGAGAGCAGAGUUGGAAAGCACAGCCCAAGCUCCUCCAAUUUGAAAGGCAAUGUAACAUUUGCCAAUAAAUUUUACUGGCCAAGUCCUUUACUUGGAUCGUUGUACAGGAACCAUACAUCAUUACAUUAAUUGGUUUUAUCACUUUGUAAUUUUAAUAGUUCAUUGUGUGGCCUCUUAUGACACUGAAGUGAUUAUAAAUAAAGUUUUCAAAGUUUA